AUGGUCGGCUCUCCGUUUGCUGCCAUCCUGUCGGACCGUUUCGGCCGUCGCAAGGGCAUGUUCGCCGGCGGCUGGAUGAUUAUCAUCGGCAUGAUUAUUGCGUCGACGGCGUCGACGCUGGCGCAGUUUAUUGUCGGGCGCUUCGUGCUCGGCGUGGGCAUCUCCAUCAUGACGGUGGCGGCGCCGGCGUACGCCGUGGAGAUUGCGCCGCCGCACUGGCGCGGGCGGUGCACGGGCUUCUACAACUGCGGGUGGUUCGGGGGCAGCAUCCCGGCGGCGGCGAUUACGUUUGGCUGCAACUACAUGGACAACAACUACUCGUGGCGCAUCCCGCUGAUCCUGCAGGCGUUUGCGUGUCUGCUGGUCAUCGGCUCGGUGUGGUUCCUGCCCGAGUCGCCGCGGUUCCUGAUGGCCAACGGCCGCGACGCCGAGGCGGUCGCGUUCCUGGCCGCGUACCACGGCAACGGCAACGCGCAGUCGCGGCUCGUGCUGCUCGAGGUCGAGGAGAUGCGCGAGAGCAUCCGCCAGGACGGCAUCGACAAGAGCGCGUGGGACUACCGGCCCUUUUUCUUGACGCACGCCGGCCGCUGGCGCAUGGCCCAGGUGCUCAUGAUUUCCAUCUUUGGCCAGUUCUCCGGCAACGGCCUCGGCUACUUCAACACGGUCAUCUUCAACAACAUUGGCGUCACCAGCGUCCCCCAGCAGCUCGGCUACAACCUGCUCAACGCCGUCCUGUCCGCCGUCGGCGCCCUCACCGCCGUCUGCUUCACCGACCGCAUGCCCCGCCGCACCGUCCUCGUCUACGGCACCCUCGCCUGCGCCGCCGCGCUCGCCUGCAACUCGGGCCUGUCCGCCGCGCUCGACAAGCAGUCCGCCAGCGCCGCCGGCGUGCAGACGUCCUACGCCCAGGGCGCGCUCGCCGCCUACUUCUUGUUCAACAUCAUCUUCUCCUUCACCUACACGCCGCUGCAGGGCGCCAUCCCCACCGAGGCCCUCGAGACCACCACGCGCGCCAAGGGCCUGGCCGCCUCGGGCAUCAUUGUCAACGCCGUCGGCUUCAUCAACCAGUUUGCCGGCCCCGUCGCCCUCGGCAACAUUGGCUACAAGUACAUUUACAUCUUUGUCGGCUGGGACGUGGUCGAAGCGGGCUUGUGGUAUCUGUUUGGCGUCGAAUCCCAAGGCCGUACCCUCGAGCAGCUCGAGUGGGUCUACAACCAGCCCAACCCCGUCAAGGCCUCUCUCCAGGUCGACAAGGUGAUCAUCCAGGCCGACGGCACCGUCACCGAAAAGGUCGUUUCGUCGCCGUCUGCGUAA